GUUCCCGUCCCAGUGGGCUCCGUGCUGUCCAGCUAUGGCUGGUACAUCCUCUUGGCCGCGGUCGCCAUCUAUCUCCUCGUCCAGAAGAUCUCCCAGAGCCUGGCGGCCAGGCCGAGCAGCCCGCCGGGAGUGGCUGACGCAGCUGUGGAACCUGAUGUGGUGGUAAGAAGGCAGGAAGCUUUGGCAGCAGCUCGCCUCAGGAUGCAAGAGGAGUUGAAUGCACAAGCAGAAAGAUACAAGGAAAAACAAAGACAGCUUGAAGAAGAGAAGCGAAGGCAGAAGAUAGCAAUGUGGGAAAGUAUGCAAGAAGGAAAAAGCUAUAAAGGAAACCUGAAACUGAAUCAGCAAGAAGUAGAAUCCGGUGCCUCCACCUCAUCAGCAGUCCCGAAAUCGAAGCCAAAUAAAAAGCCCUUGCGAGGAGGUGGCUAUAACCCCCUGUCUGGAGAAGGAGGUGGAACUUGUUCCUGGAGACCAGGCCGGAGAGGCCCCUCAGCAGGUGGAUGAGGCUAACCUCCCUAGUGUCCCACGUCACUAGCAGGCUUGAUCUUACCCACUGUCUAACUGCCUACAGAUCGCAUGUCACACUGACUCCUUCGGGAUGGGGUUUAGUGCAGGUGUUAACUUGAAAACAGAUCUACGCCAUUUCCAAACAGUAAUGCAAAAGCUGAUCCUACACAAGAAAAAGACCUGAUCCUCUUAGAGAGGAUGAAGAAAGAAACAAUUUGAGCGCAAUCAGUUAAUUUUCUCUCUUCCGUAGAGAGGAAGUGUAGUCUCCAGCCAAGGUGAAUCAGCUGGGACUGUGAGAUUUGGGUUCUGUGGCUGGCUAUUCGAAAGGCUGGCCUCAGGCAAAUUUAAUUAUCUGCGCUCAGUUUUCCUCUGUAAAAUGAGGAUAUUUGCCAUCCUCAGGCGUGUGUUACCAGAUUUACUGUGUUUGGCUGGAAGGUACUUUAGAGGGGAAGAAUAUUGUCAUCGGCACAUACCCUGAAUUAUAUACAGGAGGAGGAACUUUCA